AUGCCGCCCAAGUUUGUCCCACGUCUGCGAAAGCAGAAGCACCGGCAGCAAGAGCCUGCUCAGUCGGUGGACACCAAUGUCGCGGAGCUAGCGCCCGUCUCCAAAGAUGAGAAGGAGGCAAAGCGAGAGAAAUUACGUGCUGAACUAAGAGACCAACAUACCAAUGUUUCCUCCAAGAAGCAGAAGCGAUUGGAUAAAUACAUUGAAAACAAAUUGAAGAAAGAAGAGAACCUCGAACUCAUCAAGAAACUUGCCAAAGCGAAUGCGAAGGCGGAUACAUCCAACCUACAGAGCUCAAGAGAAUUGGGACAACGGAAGCGACCGCAAAGAGACAACGAGCCGGUGGUCAAGGUUGGCAAAGCGCCAACUGAUUUCUCUGGAUACGAUACCGACGAUUCCGACGCCGACCUUAAGGCUUCCGAUCCUACGACAGAUCCGGUGGCUGCGCCCAAGCCUCAACAACCCCUAGCUCCUGUCGGAAGUGGAUUGAAGCGUCCCCUCGAUCUUGGACCCGAUGGAUUCCCAGUCUAUACGAAACGGAAGCGCACCGCUAAAUCCGCUCCUGUACCCGUCGCGCCGGUGAAGGAGCCCGAAUGGGAAGGUUUUGGUUCUGGAGAUGAGGAUUCUGAGAUGGAAGAGGGCGAUAAGGAGGAUGUUUCGGAGGACGAUAUCGAGGAUGACUCGGAAGAAGACGAUGAAGAUGAAUCCUCUGAAGAUUCAGACGAGGACGAAGAGGAUGAAGAGGAUGAUGACGACGAUGAAGAUGAAGAUGAUGGAACUGAGAGGAAAAUUCGGCCCAGGGAAUCAGCUUUCAAGACAUGGGCUGUACAACAAAUUAACGAGGCUGUUGGUUUCAAGCCAACUGACGGUCCGAUCAUCCACGAUCAAUCACAACAAGCAUUCGCCCCUCCGAGAAAAGAGCCAAGAAACACCGUUGAUGAGGAGGACCCUCUUCCUGCAGAGCUCCAGGUGACUCUUGGAAAACCUAACCGACAAGCUUUUAGCGUCGCAGUGGAGCGCUCGGAGGAGAUUCAAACUGCCCGCAUGGGUCUGCCAGUGGUCGGUGAAGAGCAGAAGAUUAUGGAAGCCAUUCACAACAACUCUACGAUCGUCAUUUGGGGUGCUACUGGUUCCGGAAAGACAACCCAGCUUCCUCAAUUCCUCUUCGAAUCCGGCUUCGGUAAUCCAGACAGUCCCAACCCAGGCUUGAUUGGUGUUACACAGCCUCGUCGAGUCGCUGCCGUCAGUAUGGCGAAUCGUGUCGCUCAAGAACUUGGCCAGUACUCGGAUCAGGUUUCGUAUCAGAUUCGGUUUGAAACAACUGUUUCUAAGAAGACAGCCAUCAAAUUCAUGACUGAUGGUAUUCUUCUCCGUGAGAUCGCGGAUGAUUUUGCUCUGCGCAAAUAUUCCGUCAUCAUCAUUGAUGAAGCCCACGAACGCAGUGUCAACACCGAUAUCCUUAUUGGAAUGGUCAGCCGUAUCACAGACUUGCGUAAGUCAAUGAGCGAGGAAGAUCCGACCGUCAAGCCAUUGAAGGUCGUUAUCAUGUCUGCCACACUUCGAAUCUCAGAUUUCACUGAAAAUGCAAGCUUGUUCCGUCAAGGACCUCCUCCUCUGGUUCAGGCAGAAGGUCGGCAGUAUCCAGUCACUGUACACUUCUCCCGUCGCACACACCGUGAUUACGUCGAAGAGGCUUUCCGCAAGGUCUCUCGAGGUCACCGCAAACUCCCACCCGGUGGAAUGCUCGUGUUCUUGACUGGACAGAAUGAGAUUCGACAGCUCUCCAAGCGACUGAAGCAGGCCUUCAAGCCUACAGAGCGGUUGGAUACCACACAAGCCAAGGUGCAAUUCACAGCCAAUGAUGCGCCUUUGGAGGCAGAAGAUAUGGAACUUGGCGGCACUGAAAUUCAUGACAACGGUUAUGACGAUGACAGUGAUCUUGAUAUCACCGGACUAGAUGAUGCAGAGGACGACGAAGGCUUUGACCUUGGCGAGGAUGCCAUGGACUCUUCUACCAAGGUCCACGUCUUGCCCCUGUACUCUCAACUUCCCACAAAAGAACAAAUGAGGGUCUUCGAGGCGCCACCAGAAGGCUCACGUCUUAUUAUUCUCGCAACUAACGUUGCUGAGACAUCUCUUACAAUCCCUGGUAUCAAGUAUGUCUUUGACUGCGGUCGAGCCAAGGACAAGCAGUUCGAUCUUUUCACUGGUGUUCAGAGCUUCCAGAUUGGCUGGAUCAGCAAAGCCAGUGCAAGCCAAAGAUCCGGUCGUGCCGGUCGAACAGGCCCUGGUCACUGUUACCGCCUGUACUCUUCAGCUGUGUAUGAAGCCGAUUUCGAGGAGUACACUGCUCCCGAGAUUCUACGCACUCCCAUCGAAGGAGUCGUUCUACAGAUGAAGAGCAUGGGCCUACACAACGUGAUCAACUUCCCAUUCCCCACACCCCCAAGCCGUCAAGGUCUCGUCAAGGCAGAGAAGCUCCUCCGGAAUCUGGGCGCCCUCUCCCCAGACGGCCAAGUCACCCAGAUCGGCCGUCGUCUCGCAACAUACCCUCUCUCCCCCCGCUUCGGCAAAAUGUUAUACAUCGGCCACCAGCACGGCUGCAUGCCAUAUGUUAUUGCCCUCGUAUCCGCGCUCGCAGUCGGCGACCUCUUCGUCUCCCAAAACGAAGUCGACCCUACAGCCUUCGCGCCGAAACCCAAGGCUAAGGAAAACAACAACAGCGACAGCGACAGCGACGAAGACGACAGAAAGCCCGUCUACACAAACCUCGACCGCAUAGAAGACACAGAGCGCGAACAGCGCGUCAAGAACUACAACCGCGUCCAACGCCUCCUAAGCAAGCACGACGACACAUCCGACGCGCUCAAGUUCCUCUCCGCAACCUGCGCCUACGCCUACGCCACCGACGGCGACGCCUUCAGCGAACAAAUGUUCCUCCGCGCAAAGGCCUUCAAAGAAGCGAGCCAGCUCCGCCGCCAACUGUCCGACAUCGUGCGCGCCAACAACCCAGGCCUAAUCCCCGCCUACGAGCCGCGUCUCCCCGAGCCCUCCGCAAAGCAAAUCAAGGCCCUGAAACAAAUCGUCACAGCAGGCUUCAUCGACCACGUCGCUAUCCGCGCAGACCUCGCCCCCGUGCCCCCCGAGAACACGCGCGCAUCCCGCCGCGCCAUCGACGUCCCCUAUCUCACGCUGUUCCGCUCGCGUGAGGGCCCCAUGGACGAUCUCGCCCAGCGCGCCGUCUACAUCCACCCGUCCUCUAUCAUGGCUAAGCUGAGCCCUAAGGAGAUGCCGCAGUACAUCAUCUACUCGCAUCUGCAGCAGUCGCAGGCUGCCACUGUCGUGGCGGACCAGGUGCCGAAGAUUAGGAUGUUCCCGCUUGUUGCGCCGAGUGGCUUGCAGCUUUCUGCGCUGGCGCAUGAUACGCCGCUUGUUGAGUAUGGGAAGCCGAUUGGUAAGACUGAGACGCUGGAGGGUAUUCCGCAGCGCAGAGCUUGCUGGGUUAUUCCGUCUAUGGUUGGUGAUGCCGGUGGUACUGGGUGGCCUUUGCCUGCGAAGAAGGUUGUGCAGAGGAAGGAUGCUAAGGAGGGUUGGGUUAUUGAGAAGUUCGUGGCUUGA